UGACCACGAGAACAAAAAAUCUGGCGCGCAAACCUGCUGUCAGCGAUGUUCCUUCGACAGAGAAAGAGAUCGUGGCGCUGAGACGGGGAGAGGUCAGUGGGCGAUCAUGUCUUUCAUGACACCGUGUCAGACAGCCAAACUGUCUAAUGUCAGUCUGGGUCUACAGCCAAGACACGACCAACAACAUCUUGAGUGCUGCUGGCUACUCAACGUCAAUGACUGUGGGACGGAGCAAUACAUCACUGAGUAUGACGAGGGAGGGGAAGAAGAAGAUGGAUAUGGAAUUGAACAAGGCCACAUCAUCUCUGAGCGUGCGUCGAGCUGUUUUUUAGUGCCACUACUCAGAUCUCCAGAGUCAGCAGCUCACAGCAUGUCACACUACCCCCUCCCCCCCUACCUCUCCUACUCCUCCCUACCCAUUACACCAACAACAGCCUAAUCUCGUGGCCCUUCUGCCCAAGUCGGAGGAAAUGGUGGAAUUUCACAACAUUCUCGACUUCUCCUCCUCUGCCUCCUCUUCCGUACUCCCACAAACACCUCCCCUCUCUCCCAUCUCUCCUCUCCUCUUUCCCUACAACCACCUCACUCCAUCUGUUCCAACCUUCCGUACAACACCUCAAUGAAAGGGAGGUAUGGGUUUGACAUAUCACUGGACACUGAUCAUCCUCAGUACUCCAAGACACCCCACUCGCCUGACUCCAAGUCACCCAGAGGAUGUACAUCAAGAGAAGAUGCCGACAUCCUCUCUCCUUUACCGUCAGUCAUCGAAGGGCUCCAGAGGAUGUCGGCUGGUGAUAACAGCCGUCCACAAACAACCAGAGUGGUGGCAGAGAAACCUCCAGUGUUGCAUCAAACAUGUCGAAGAACAGAAGAGAAAUGGUGUUCAUCAUCCGUACCAUUUGUCAGAUUCAAAAUGGAUGGAUGUGCCUUCUUUGGCACCCAGUUGCAUCCCGAUCAGAGACUGUUCAUCGCACUCCCCUUCAGCAAUCUGCAGAGAUAUGGAGAUUCUCUGUUUACAGCUCUUCUGAAGUUCCAUGUUUUACAGUCAGAUUCAGAGAGCGGGGCGAGGGCAGUUGGUUCAGCUGAUUUCAGAGUUGAACUGUGAGAGCAUACGGCAGCUGUACUUUGUUGGGGAA